CAGCCUUAAGCUUGGCGAGAACCGGAAUGCCGAGAUACUGUUCAGGCGAUCGAAAGAGGGGGUCAUUAUCGUCGACUGGCGUCAGAACACCGGGCAGUCGAGUCACACAGGUCGCGAAAGGGUACGGAUAGUGAGAGGAGCAAGGAAAGCAGCGGCAGGGCAGCAACAAUCGAGAACAUUGAGCUCCAGACAUGUCGCUGACCAACGCCUCACCGGUCGACGCCGCGCGGGCGGCCAAAUCGGCCUCCCACGUGCUCGCGACGCUUUCCACCGACGCUCGCAACGAAGCGCUCACGGCCAUCCACGCGGGGCUCGCAGCAGCCCGUGACGACAUCCUCGCCGCCAAUGCCCGGGACCUCGAACUGGCACAACAGGCUGCCGCCGACGGGAAGCUGAGCUCGAGCCUCGUCGCACGACUCGACCUGGGCAAGAAGGGCAAGUGGGACGACAUGCUCAAGGGCAUCCUCGACGUGCGCGACCUCGAAGACCCCGUCGGCCGCGUCACCCUCCGCACCCGCCUCGACGACGGCCUCGAGCUCGAGAGGGUGACCUGCCCCAUCGGCGUGCUGCUCAUCAUCUUCGAAGCCCGCCCCGAGGUCAUCGCCAACAUCGCCGCCCUCGCCAUCAAGUCCGGCAACGCCGCCAUCCUCAAAGGCGGCAAGGAGUCGACCGAGUCCUUCGUCGCCAUCUCCCGCGUCAUCUCGGCCGCCCUCGAGCAGACCCAGGUUCCCAACGGCGCCAUCCAGCUCGUCACCACCCGCGACGUCAUCCCGGAGCUGCUCGCCCUCGACGAGCACAUCGACCUGGUCAUCCCGCGCGGGUCCAACGACCUGGUGCGGUACAUCAAGAACAACACGCGCAUCCCCGUGCUCGGCCACGCCGACGGCCUCUGCGCCAUCUAUCUCGAGCAGACGGCCGACCCGACCAUGGCCGCCGAGGUCAUUGUCGACGCCAAGACCAGCUACCCGGCCGCCUGCAACGCGCUCGAGACGCUGCUCGUCCAAGACUCGGCCCUCAUGACCGUGCUCCCGACCGUCGCCGAGGCGCUCGCGGCCAAGGGCGUCGAACUGCGCUGCGACGCCGCCAGCAGGGACGCUCUUCAGGACACCAUCAUCCCCAAACUCACCAUCGCCGACGCGACCGACGCCGACUACCGCACCGAGUUCCUCUCCCUCACGCUGGCCGUCAAGACGGUCUCGUCGCUCGCCGAGGCGGUCGAGCACAUCAACACGCACGGCUCGCACCACACCGACUGCAUCCUGACGUCGUCGCCCGAGCAGGCCGAGCAGUUCAUGGCCGCCGUCGACUCGGCCGGCGUCUACUGGAACGCGUCGACGCGGUUUGCCGACGGCAUGCGCUACGGCUUCGGCACCGAGGUGGGCAUCAGCACCAACAAGAUCCACUCGCGCGGGCCUGUAGGGUUGGACGGGUUGAUGAUAUACAAGUACAAGCUUAGGGGUAAGGGACAAGUGACGGCUGCGUAUGGUGCCGGGGAGGGGAAGAGGAAAUUUCUGCAUCAGAGGUUGCCUUUGGAGUAGUAAGUGGGUAGGUAGGUUGGUAUCGGCUGGGAAGGGGAAAGGGGAAAAGGGCGGGGAAAUGGGCGAUAAAAGCGAGUUUGCCAUUUUUAUCAGGCUGUGUGCUAUUAGUUUAUACCAAUAAUGAAUUCCUAGUGCGAAAUGGUGUUGUCUACCACCCCCCUACCACUGUCCUCUGUGGCUGCUCGCUGCAGUGCGGCCUUCGACAUACCACGAUGCCAUCGGGGACAAGUUUGUGUUAUCGUUGCUGCCCAAGUUCAUCAACCAACUGGAAACACACACACAGUUUUCACAAGA